GAGUGGAAGAACGUGGGUGUCGAGCAGCUGCGGCUCAGCACGGUGGACAUGCUGGGGGUCCCCACCUUGGUGAACCUGCACAAAGGAGUCCAGUUCACCCUCAAGUACCAGUCCCUGGGCCAGUGUGUCUACGUGCACUGCAAGGCUGGGCGCUCCAGGAGCGCCACCAUGGUGGCCGCGUAUCUGAUCCAGGUGCACAAUUGGAGCCCGGAGGAGGCCGUCGAAGCCAUCACCAGGAUCCGGCCCCAUAUCCACAUCACAUCUGGCCAGUGGGAGGUCCUCAGGGAGUUCUACGAGGCUGUCUCUCCACGGGCAGCAAGGACUGACACGUGACAUGUCAGAGACACGAGCUUUGUGGCUGAGAAAGAAUCCGGACAGCUCCACUUGAGACAGAACAAACAUUUACAGGGCCAGUGGGGCGUCUGCUGCCUCCACACGACAGGAACGUGCUAGGUGGUGGGUUACUCUGCUUCCUUUGCCUGGUAUCACUGUCCUCAAAUAACACUGCUGUACGGCUGGAAAGGAAGAGACUGGUGUGCCUAAAUUUUAUUUUCUUAAGGUUAAAAAAAAAAAAUAUUUUCAACAAAAA